AUGAACCACGGCGAUCACCAAAUGCCUGCCAAGUGUGCAAUGCACAUGCUCUGGAACACCCAGAUCAUCAACACCUGCGUCGUCUUCCGGUCCUGGCACAUCCACACCCACACCCAGUUUGUCGGCUCUGUCGUUGCUAUCCUCCUCCUUGGCGUCUUGUACGAGUACCUCCGCGUCUUCCAGCGGUCUGUCAACAGACGUAUCGUCUCGACACUCGGGAAGGGGAAGAGGGCAGCGAGCCCCAUUAGUGCCAGUGGCAGGAGCACGCCUGAGAGGGGCGCCAGUUCGGAUGAGGUGGUGGGGUUGCUGAAUGGGAGGAGGAUUAGGAAUGCCGACCGGGUCAGUAUACCAGCACAUUUGCGGGUGCUGAGAGCCGCUCUGUACGGCGCCUCCGUGUUCCUCUCGUUCUUCCUCAUGUUGGUCUUCAUGACGUAUAACGCCUACCUUAUCAUUGCGGUCGUCGCCGGUGCUGCGAUCGGGCACUACGUUUUCGAUCAAUACGUCGAACUUGACAAUGCCGGCGGAAAGAGCAUGGCGUGUCAUUAG